AUACUUUUGCUCAAGCCCUCAAGGUGUAGCAAACGCGUGCACAUCUUCAGAACUACAGUAACCCACAGGUGAAUCUCAUACUUGUAUCAUGGCUAAGAACCCAGACCAGGUAUUUGCUGAGAUGGACAAGAAUGGCAACGGUACACUCGAGUCGAGUGAGAUCGCCGCUUACUUAAGUAACUGCGGCAUACAUCCAUCGGAGAAAUUUGUGCAGCGAGUGACGAGUAAGUGUGAUGCCAACAAUGAUGGGAAGCUGACGAGAGACGAAGCAGCCAGGAUUGGCAAGGUUAUCAAAGAGAUCGCCGAUCUCUCAAAGAUCUUCCAAGAAGCUGACAAGGAUCACAACUCCAAGAUGUCCUUCAAUGAGAUGAAAAAGGUUGCCUACACCUUCUACACCACCCAUGCCGACAAGUAUGGCGGGGGAAACACCAUGGAAGUGCUGAACUUCUGGGCCGGGGACAAAACCAAGGAGAUGACCGUGGGUGACUUCCUGGACAUCAUGUUUGAGGAUAGGUUCUAAACUGAUCCAUGAGAUCAAGUUGGCUCCAUAGAGAGACUUACAACUCCACAAAUAGUGAUUAAUAUACACAGGAAAUCUACACUAGCUGUAAUGACGGCACAUACACCCUGUGUUGUGAAUGCCAUGUACACAUGUACCUUUGGUAACCAUCUAAACCAUAACUGUUUACACUGUUGUCAUUGCUAGUAAAGAACUGAUUAAUAAAGCUUUUGGUACUGCAUGUUGUGAUGGACUAAUUCUGAUUAAAUGCUUUGCUGAUGCUGGAAAA